AAUGAGUGAGGAAGACUUCCGGCCUCCGUCCCCGAUCAGGGCUUCCCAGUUAGACCCUGAAGAAGCUGAACGGCUUAUGAUGCAGUCAGAUUUGUUCACUGAGAGCGACCAGUUUGAUAAUGAGAGUGAUCUUGACAUGCUGAGAGAAGGCAGAUAUGAUGACUAUAUACGAGAUAAGCUAGGUGGACAGAAAGAGAGUAGUACUAGCCAAGUUCAUGAUUAUUCAGAGAAACAAAAAGAAUUUGAAGUGUACCUUCAGAAGCAGAGGGAGAUAGACCAGCAGAUCUUUGAUGGUAUUGAGGAUCUGAAAGAUAUCAAAAUUGAAGCCAGAGAAAUCCAGCCUCAAUUCGACCCUGCCAAACUAGCUGAGGAAGAAAAACGGUUAGACGUACCAGAAGCUAAACUUGGUGAAGAAGAUGAGGUGUCUUCACACCAAAAUGAUGAUAUAUGAGAGAAGCAGCCUCUUGAAAUAACAGAAAACGGCAUACAAAAUCAGAUAAAUGAAUUUACCGACCAAAUAGAAAAUCCGAAAAAGGAAGAUAAGCCUGAAGAGCUGUUUAGUAAAAAUCAGGAUCAAUGAGAGUCACCACUAGUUGAAGAAAUAGAGAAGUCUGAAGCUGAGAAGGUUGAAGAGCCAAUUUAUCAGCCUCCAAACCCUAUCCACAUAUUUGCAGAGACCAAUCUUGAGAUAGAAAGAAUUUCAAUGGAAAUGGAGGAUCGAGCCAGUUUGAAAUAUGAAGAAUUCAUGCAUAGGCAGAAAUUCGCCCAGAAAGAUGCUGAAAUUCCUCUUGGAAAUGGAGUAUGUCCUAAAAGUCUUUGAAUAAAUGAGCCUACCCACCCAAAUCCAAAAAUGAAGGAGCCAGUUAAAGAGUCUUUCACCAAAUACAUGGCUAAUCAGAGACCAAUUGACCUUAGCAGGACGACAUUUAGAGUAUUAUGGAGUAAAGAGAAAGUUGCUAGAGAGGAGGAAGAGAAACGACAGUUAAAGGAAAAGGCCAAACGAGAGAAGAAAAAGAAGAUUGUCAAAACCCUUGGUGCAAUCCUAAGCUCCGAUUCCAGCACCAAAGCUUUAUUCAAGCCUAAGCAGAGUCUUUAUAAUGAGUUCCAGUCGCAGCCUAAUAAGCCGAUAGAGUAUAGGUUGGAGGAAUCGAUCCCAAUAUCCCAAGCUGAUAAUAUUACUGGAAGGAUUUAUCCAGAUAAAGCAUGAAUGCUGGCUUGUGCAACUAUCUCUCAUGCACAGAAGAUGAGGGAGAAGCUGAUAUCCUUCACAAAGGAUCUGGCCCAUCCCAGGUUUGAUGAUUAUGUCACAGAGGCAGAGCUAGUCUAUAAGGACAAACAGAAAAUAGAACAAAUCAGAAAGGCUAAAAAUAUGCAAAAGGAUAAGGGAUACCUUGGGAUUAUCGAGGAGGACAUGAUGCAUGAGAUCUCCGGAGACUUUGACUCCAAGCUCGAUGAUCUCAGUGACCCUCUGUUCAGCAACCUCCAGAUGAAUUAUGGGAACAAAGACUCAAAACAUAUUGAGGUCAAGAAUGAAAGUGACCUCAAGAAGCUUGAUUUUAAUGCACUGAAGGAUUAUAAAAGAUUAGAGCACCUUGAUUUGUCUAUAAAUGCUUUAUCUGAACUGAGUUCAACAGAGAAUGCUAAGUUCUGCAAUUUGGAUAGCAUCAAGGCUUCUCAUAACCACUUGAGGAAAUUUGAUUCCGCUAUUUUUGAGUCAUGUCCGAGGCUAAAGGUCCUACAGCUAGAUAUUAAUGAACUUGAGUACUUGCCUUUACCUCCGAACACAAAUGUAUUGACCAAGAUAGACCUAAGUAAUAAUAGGAUUUCUGUGAUCCCCAAGCUUACUGUGUGCCCUUAUUUAUCGUCUUUGAAUUUGUCUAAGAAUUUGAUCAGGGAGAUUCCCCAGUUUAUUGUCUACAACUUAUUCCUCACUGAGCUGAUUCUUAACGGAAAUCAGAUAGAAAUAAUGCCGAAGGGAUUUUCAAUGCCAAUGCUGAAGCUGCUUAAUCUUGCUGACAAUAAGCUGGUCGAUUUUAGAAUCGCAUAUUGCCCGAUGCUUGAGGUUGCCAACCUACGAGACAACAUGAUCUUUAAUAUGGGACCACUUUGGGGAUGCCCAACACUCAAAUCGUUCGAUGUCUCUUUCAACCAGAUUCAAGCACUUGAGGCUAUCCUUACUGCAUUUUCUAUGGGAAUGUUUGCAAAAUUGGAAAAGCUGAAGUUUAACGAUAAUCCUUUUCUUAAGAAUAGGAAUAAUUGAGUGGAGGGUUUCAUUGUAAAGCAGUUUAGAUCUCUUCAAGAGAUCAAUAAUAUACCAACCACAGACUUUGGGGUACCCAAAAUGAUCAAAAUGUUACCUUCUAAUGUGUAUAUCCUACCAGAUCCUGCAGACAUGUUGAGCAAGAAUUUGCAGUUGUUGCAAAUAAUGAACUUGGUGAUACUGCACCAAAGCCAGAAGAACUUCUUAAAUGUCAAGAUAAACAGUAUAGUGUUUAAAGAGUACCUUUACACAACGAAAUAUACUAUGUACAAGUACGAUUGUCUUCCUUUCGAGAGCAGUCAGAUCUUGAGCACCAAGAUGCCUGUAAAGAAUAUUUAUCUUUGCAGAAGCAGCCAGAACAUUGGCAUUUGCUCACCAAUCAUGGUAGAGGGCUACAAAGAGAUUGCUCUGAAGGAGAAAUCCAUUAACAAGAUUGUCUCUAGUUAUAAGAAGAGGAAAUUUUCAAGGAAACUGCUCUUACUGCAGAUGAAAGACCAUAUUCGUGAGAUUAUCCUAGCCCAAGCUCUGGUCAGAGGAUACCUUGAGAGAAAGAUCUGGAGCCCAGAGCUUAACAAGAUGAAGAGAUACCAAGAAAAUAAAAGAGUGGCCAUGGCCAAGAUCCGUGAUGGCCUAGAUGAUGAGUUUGAUGAUGACCUUCAUGAGCUCAAUGACUUUUUCGAAGAUAAUCAGGUUAACAACCAAUAUAUGACCAAGAAGAUUGAUCUACCUGAAGACGAGGAGAUGAAGAAAAUGCUAGAGAUGAUAGAUAAAAAGACUAAGCCAGCUCUACCUCCUCUGAAGAAUAAACCUCCUUUGGUAAAUUUGAACUCAGCUGUCACUUAUUCAAGGGGAUUUCCAGGUGAUAUGAAUCCUUCUCAUACUAUGAAGUCGACUUCUUCAAAGGCAUCAGAUCUGAGCCGCAAGAGGCUUCAAGAACAUGGAGAGUUAAUAAUGAGAGGGGCACCUAAUGCUGCUAUGUUUCAUAAUCCAGGGAUUCGUAGGGAGAGUUCUCCUACUUCUGUUUCAAAUGCCAUCACUGAGGUAGAUGUAAACAGUGAGAAGCACAUGAAUAACUUCAACUAUAACUCAAAGCCCGCGAUGAAUAAUCUAAUGAAUAGUAGUAGAGCUAGCAUUACAAGAAGCCAGAUAGGUUCAAACAAGCCAUCAAUCAAUGAGCAGAAGAAAGACUAUGUCGAUUCAUGGAAUUUCCAGGAUGAGAAAUCUAAGAAAUUGAUGGAAGCCAGGUACCUCAACAUGAGAAGAAGAAAGUUGAAGAAAAAGAAGUUGACUGCUGAUGACAGACUGAAGCAAUUCAGAAAGAUCUCAAGGAAAACAGUUCAUUAGUAUUUCCUUCCUGAUAAUAUUUUCAAUUUGUGA